CAAAAACAAAACAAAACGUGCACACGAGAUAAAAUGAUGUUUUUAUUUUUUAAGGUUCACCGCGAUUAAAGCUUGGUAUCAACCCAGAUUAACGUUGUUUACAUAUGGUUGCACGCAUAGAUAAUGUUUUGUAGGCGACAUUUCACACAUUUGGUACAAAUGAGCAUGUUCUGCAUCUCACAUUAGCUAGCUAAUUGCUAACGUUAGCUAGCCAGCCAGGGUUGGUAACGUUAUUUAACUUUUAUUUGAACAGUUAACUUAGCAACACUGUGUAAGCAACUAUGGAAAGCCUGUACAAGCGUAAAGUGUUCGCGACGAUGCGAAAAAAUAAAGCUGAAGCAAAGAAGAAAAGGGCUCAAAUCGGUCUGCCGUCGUCUAUCCUUGAUGACAGUGACGAGGAGUCCUGCGCGAGCACGACCAGCAUCAGCGCCUCAGACUCGGAGAGUGAGUAUCAGAAUUCGGACAGUGGGAGCGAAAGUACACCUGCCAGUGGAGAACAGAGUGAAGGUAGUAGCUCCAGCGAAGGUAGAUCCCGUCCUCGUCGGAAGCGCGUCCUCGCUGACAGCUCCAGCGACUCUGACAGCGACGUAGGAACCAAACCCAAACGGAAAGUAGUUCCCAAAAAACGCAUUAAACAGCAAAGUCAAGAUUCUGAUUCGGAGGACGAGAGUGCCGCACAAAAGGCCAAACAAGUUGCCGAAGCCAAAGAGACCGCAGCUAAACGAAAGCAACGCCAGUCUCAACUCCUGGCAUUAUCCAAGAAGAUGAAGUCCCGCGUUCCGAAACGCAGGGGCACGUUGGAGGUAGCUUAUCACCAUAUAUAAUGUAAACGAGCAUAACCUAACAUGCAGUAUCUUUAAGUGUUGAUCCAUUGUGCAGAAUCAUGUCGCAUACACCCACAAAAUGUCCAUAGGGUACUGAGGAAAUGUUUAACAUUGUUUUACAACCCAUGUAUUGUUUGCUUGUAAAGAUUCAGGAUUCAGGUGAAGAAGAGAAGGGUAAAGAAGCGAAAGAUGCUAGUGGUGACGAGGAUGAUGACCACCACGAUGAUGCCCCUGAACUAUUGGUGGGCAGUAGUGAAGAGGCGGCAGAUGACAGCGACAGUCUGAAGGACUUCGUAGUUGAGGAUAAGAAAAAGACAGUGGACAAGGAGGAGUCAGAUGAAAAGGCUGUUUCUCUUCCACGCCAGUGUGAGUCUUUGCUGACACUAUAUCAUGGGUCAAUGUUUACACCUGAAAGCAUCACUACUAUGUGUUAUGAUUCCUUUUCCUCUUGCCUCUUUUUGCUAGUCAUCACUGGGUCUCAGCUCAAUCACUUUCAAGUGGUCGUCAAAGCCCUUAUGAUCAACGUCCUAGAUGAAACCUUUCUCAAGUCUCUUUACGGUAAGUGUUUUUAAACAAUCAGGGUCUUAAACACCAUCCCCAAUUUACUGUAUGAUCCAAGUGUAGGGAAUCUAAUCGGUUGAUCACUGUGAGCAGGCGGUGAUCGGACAAAGCGAUAUGCUCAGGAGAUGAUGGCGUCGCUGUUCCACUUUGAUGAGAGGACGAUCCUCCCUCGCCUGGAGAACCUAAAACAGCGGAGCCGCUGGACUGACCGGUACAAGGUGAAGAAACAUUUCUCAGAGAACUUAAGUCAUUCAACAUUGGCUGCAUAUUCACUGAUCUGUAUACAGCUAUGCUUGUACUUUGGCUAAGACUUCCAUUUUUACAUUAUGUGAAAAAGCAAUAUGCAAACUGAGGUAUGUGUUUUUGUGUCCAUGUGCAGGAGCGGGUGGAGUGUUACCCCAAGGUCCGGCUGAUGAAGUUAGGAUUGCAUGGGAGUGUUUGUGAGGCAUGCAAGCUCCAGAGACAGUGCAGUUUCAGUGUGCGUCUCUCGGGGCAACUGUACGACCUCAACAGCCUCCAAGAGGACAAAUUCAUGCCUGAUGACACACAGGUACUACAUCUGAGAAGAAAUCAAGUCUUUGUUUUAAUCAUCACUGUCCCCAGAUGAACGCAUACAGUACAUGUGACAUUGGCAUCCCAUAAAACCCACCCUAACAAAAAGUACAUCACAACAGAUCAACGUCAGAUUAAAUAAUGAUGUAUCCUUAUCCUUGCACCAAUUUAACCUUUUGUGAAAUGUAAUCUUUGCAGUUUGUCUGAGGGAGAGGGUUUUCAACGACAGGUCACUUACCUUGCAUGUAUUUCCUAAAUUACAGGCUUUCAGUGUGGGCUCCGUUUGUGCCAGCCGAACAGAGGUGUAUCAUGCUCUGAAACACUUCAAGUACCACUUGUUUCAACACUGCCGGACAGUGAUGGAGGAGGAGAAGAAUGGAGAGGAGGAGCCGGUGAAGGAAACGGUGAAAAGAGUGUUCACAAAACUGGAGGAGAGUGGCUGGAUCUCAGAGGUAUAUACCCCACUUCCCCUCCAUAAAAUGACAGUACUCCUCAUUGAAUCGUCAUCAUCUAAUGCCUGUUUCAGUGUUCCCCCAAACUCUACUCUGUCAAAUGUGUAGAAUAGAAAGCAAUGCUUUCUGAUUUUCCUCACUGACCCUCACUCACUGUUUCAUUCCCAUGUCUCUCUCAGCAAUAUGAGAAGUUCCAGGACCAUCUCCAUGAUGCGGACUACUUCCAGGAGGAGAAGCUAGACUGAAGGAUUACCACAGACAGGAUCAUGGAUCUACAUCAUAUUAUAUUAUAGGCAUCCAUUUAACAGUUUUACUGUUUAUUCUGCACAUUGUUAGGAAAUAAGUGUUUUAUUCAUAUACAUUUUAUUUGACUUCUUCCAUUCAAUGUUAACAUUUAAGAUUGUACUGAAAGCUUUUUAAAACUAUUUUCCUCCUUUAGUCGUUACCCUAUACCAAGACAUCUAUUGUACCUGUAUUUUAUCAACCAUUUUAUAUCAGUAAAUGCUCAUAAGCAACCAAAACAUUUAGUGUAGACAUAUGUUAUAUACUGUAUGUGCAAAGAUGAAGCAGAAUACUCUGGUACUGCUGUAAAUCAAAAAUGCUACCCCUGAGUGUUUUCAUUAAACUGUCCUAGUUACCUUUCCUACUAAGUUGAAGCAGUGCUGUCCUUCCAAUAGUUAAGAUAAUGUCAAAUGGAGUUUGCUACGACAGAUGACCUCAAAUGAAAUGACCAUAUAAACAUGAGUCAUUUUCUCUGUGGACUGCAGUAUUCAGUAUAGGAUGGUACGACUCUUGUGAGUUGCUUAUUUUCUAUCAAAACGCCUGUGUGAUGCUUCAUAACACAAACCAAUAAUAAAAACUACAUUAAACAGUAUGUUGUCCAUCCGUGUACAAUUGCAGUGUGAAAUAUGAAAGUCUCUGGCAUGCAAGAAACAAACCAAAACUAUAAAAAAAUACAGAAAUGAAACCACAGACAAAUGUAACACUAGUUGGGAGACUCUUACAUCAGUCCCAACUUGUACUCCAUCAUGAGAUGUGGCUCUCCCAUAAAUAUAUCACACACACCCCUUUGUUAAACAGCUGAAUGAUGGCAGUUUUCAAAUACUCUAGUAAAAGGCAUAGGUGCUGACUAAUGGAGAGUAAAC